CAUCGAUCGAAGAACGACUUCUACAUAAACCAAAACCAUCAAACACAUCCAAUCCACACCAUCACACUCAAAUCCAUCCGACCAACUGGAUGGAUCCAGAAACCGGUCAACAAGAGGGCCCACCAAAUGCCCCUGCUAACCCGCAAACCAACAACGAUCUGUCAGCUCUCCAGGCCGAACUCGACCAAACAAAGGCAGAACUAGCUCGACUACAAAUCGAAUCUGAGUCGGAACUCAACGCAUCUAAUGCUCGAUUCAUCGAACUCGAAUCAAAAUUAAACGAUCAAAACGAUCAGCGAUCCCAACUAGAACAGAGCCUGCAAGAAAUCCAACGUCUCAAACAUUCAUUGGAAUCACGUCUCGAGUCCGAUCAAAAUCUCAACCAACAACUUCAAACCUUACAAUCCGAGAAGGCAGACUUAUUGCAAGUGAUCAGAGAUAAGGAGAACGAGUUCUCAGAUUUAGAAGCCGAACUAUCAUCGAAAACCGAACAGCUUUCCUCUGCCAAAGCUACGAUCAGAGAGCUAGAAACCAAUCUAACCACCAGCAAGAGUUCCGAAAGAGCCAUCCGAUUGCAAUCUCAAGCAUUUCAAUCUGAAGCCACCUUGGCUUGUUCUGAUCGCGACUUUUAUUCCAAAGAACUCGAGAGAACUCGCGAAGAAUGGCAAUCAUUCAGGAUCGAAAGUCAUCAACAAACAGCAAACCUUCAAAAUGAACUGGACAAAUUGACUUAUGUCAACCAGAGCACCACUACCAACCUAACCACCCUCCGAUCACAGCAUGCCGAACUUCAAAAGCUCUAUGGAGACGCGACUGAACGAAUCAAGCAGCUUACCGACCAAUCAAUCGAAUCCGAGGCUGCGUUUCAGAAGGAGAUCGAAGCUCAAAAACGUGUGACGAUGCUGAUGGACAAGAGAGAUAAGCAACGGGAAGAACGAAUGGAACAGCUUGAAAAAGAGUUCAACCAACGAAGGGCCGAGCUCGAUCAGCAGGAACGUACGAUCAACGACGCCUUAGAAAAUGAACGCGCCCAUGUCGCUGAGUUGGAACAGAAAUUGAUGGAUACCACCAAUGCACUCUCCAGGUUAUGCGCGUCAGAGAUCGAUGAAAAUGACUCUCAAGAUCUGCUUGACAUUGCUGCGAAUACUCCUCUCGUUAAUCGAACUCCCGGGACUCCAUUGUCGAGAAAACAGAACGGCAUGUUCCUUGCUAACGGUAUCAGCCCAGCUGCAGCUAUGGCCAGCAAACUCCAGAAGAGCGGGAAGAGUUUGACUCAAGUUUAUACCGAGAAAAUCGUACUCGAGGAAGAACUGAAAAAAGUUCAACUCGAAAACGUUCGUCUCAGUGAGACAAUGAGUCAGAUAUUAGGAGAAAUCCAAGACCGGGCUCCGUUACUUCACCAACAACGGGUUGAACACGACAGGAUUGAAAAUGAGUGUAUUAAUCUAACAUCCCAACUCACACAAGUUAUCGAAGAAAAGGAGGAAGCUCAGAGAAUGUAUCAAAGCUGUAACCUUGAUCUCAAAGCUCUUCAACGAGAUUACGACCUAGCCAAUUCACAGGUCAACGAUCUAAGCCUACAAGUCCGAUUGCUUACGGUGGAAGUCACCAGACGCGAAACUGGCAAUCCAUUUGCCAUCACAGGAGACGAGGAAGAUCUUGAGAAAGACUUGUCGACUUGGCGCAAUGCACAGGUUGAGGAGGAGGAAGAUGUCUUACUCGCCAACGACCUCAUUACUUACCGAAACAUAACAGACAUGCAACAAAAGAACCUCAAGCUGCUCCUAUUCGCACGAACACUGACCACCAAACUCAACGAGUUGGAAGAAAACCGGGCCAAUAAGAAUGAAGAAGAAGAUGAAGAGGAUGAAAACACCAAACAGGCCAUCGAUGAAGCACACGAACUGAUUCUCAAGCUCAAGACCGACCUCCAUUCCGCGCAACAAAAGAGUGAAGCCCUCUUUAGAGAACGCGACAUGCUUAGAAAGAUGCUCGAUCAGUCACAAGCCAAGAUCCCAGGUGAUCAUCUCUCCUUCGAACCGGAUACCGCCACCCCAGAUGGAUCUCGACAGAAGCUUGAUGAACUUCGAACACAGUUUGAAGUCUACCGCACCGAGAUCGGCCGCGAUUCCAAACAAAUGAACGAAGAUCUCAAUCAAUCCAGGGCGGAUUUGUCGCGAACCCAAGUCUUGCUUGCCAAAGCAAAUGCUCAGAUCGAAUAUCUCACUGAAAGACAGCGUUCUCUUGAUCAGACCAAUGCCAUGCAUGUCCAAGAAGUACAAAGCUUAACAGCCUCGAGCGCCAAGCUUCAAGAUCAUAUUUCUAAGGGCGAGAUGCUGCUACAUCAGGCCAACGAGAAUGUUACAGAACUCAAGGCAAAAUGUCAUGUACUGCAACAUCAAGUAGAAUCAUUGACAUCUGAAAGAGAGGUUUGGAAAGGUGUGGAAGGUCGGCUGGUGGCUGAAAAUACCAGUUUGACACGUGAACGUAACAAUAUUAACGAUAUCCUCAGAAAUAUGCAAGUCAUGCAGGGCGAGAUUGAACGGAAUGCUGAGGACUCUCGUCGACGCUUGGAGACUCAGUUGUCGAAAUCAGAGGGCCAGCUAUCCGAAUUGAAAGAAAAGCUGAAAGUUGAAGCGGACCUGGCUCGACAAGCUACUCUCCAACGGCAAAUCGAGGGCAGAGAAUACCAGUCCAAGAUUGAUAAACUAACCGGCGAACAUUUAACAGCCCGAGAAAAUCUUAGUGCGGCUUCCGCCACGAAGACCCAUUUGGAAAACCAAGUGACUCAACUUCAAAAGCAGCUGACCAUGAAGGAAGAGAGGCUUGCCGUUUACGAGGGACAUCGUCGAUCUGAUCCUGGAUCCAAUCAAACUGGAAACGUUAAUACCUCCGGGUCUAACGAUCCUAGUCUGACAAAAGAGCAACGUCUGGAGAUUGAAUUAUCAGAAUUGAAGAUUGAGCUUGUGGCCGCUAAAGAAGAGUGCACCCGGGCUCAGCAAAAUGUGGAGCAGUUCAAAUCUAUCUCACAGAGUGCUGAAGCAGCUCUUGCAUCCCUAACAGCAACGCAUGACGAAUAUAGGAGCUCGCAGGAAGCCGAACUCGAACGAAAACAGAGUGCCCUUACUUCACUCGAAGAACAUUUGAGGAAGGUUACCGAGGAUCUUUCUGCUGCAACUAGCCAGAAUUCGGAACUUCAUCGCCAAUUAGAGUCCCAACGAGCGGACUUCGAGAAGGAGAAACUGGCUCUCAAUAACAAGUUGGUCGACUUGGAAGAAAUUGAGACCAGGGUGAAGGCACGAGAUAAUGAAUUGAGAGCGGAAGUUAAUAAUCAAAUGAAGCUCGCUCAGGAUAGUCACGAUCGAUACAAGGCCGAAGUCCAAAAUCAUGCGAAUUCUCUCAACGAAUUGAAGCAAGUCAAAUCAGAACUGGAAACCGCACGUGAAUCGAUCCUAGAAGCUCAGACCACGGCCCAAACUGCUACUACCAAACUUACUUCCUCAGAAGCUAGUUGGUCAGAACAAAAAACUACGCUCCAAAAGGAACUUGCCAAUAUUCAAACUCGAUGUGAUGAUCUUCUCAAGCAAAACAACUUGCUUCAUGAGCAUCUCGAAACUGUUAGUGCACAGGCAACCAAAUUAUCGAGUCACAACAUUGAUCAAGCUGUGGGCAGUGAUCCGGGAGAUCAGAAAGUUUUGCAAAACGAUAUGAAUGAAAACAUGGUCGAAUCUGUUGAACAACUACGUGGUGUCAUCCGUUACCUCCGCAACAAUUACGAUAUCGCUCAACAACAAAUCGAACUUUCUAAAAUGGAAUCCGCUAGACUCCAGCAGCAAUUGCAACAUGCUUCCAAGGCCCUAGAUCAAACUAAAAUGGAGCUCAAUCAAGAGCGCGAGAGAAGUCGACAGGGCUAUGUGUCAUCAGCUGAACAUGCGCAACUUCUCGAUCAAAUCAAUACAUUGAAUAUGAUACGCGAAAGUAACAUUACCCUGCGAGAUGAAGCAAACCGAUCCGAGCGUAAAGCCAAGCAAUUGGAAGAACAGUUGAAACAGACUUCUGAAACGGUAGAGCCCCUCAAACAGGAAUUACGUGAAUUACAACUCACUGUGCAACAAUACCAGCAAGAGAUUGGGAUCCUGAAUGAGGAUAAUGAACGAUGGAAGCUCAGGAAUCAGCAGAUCCUUGAGAAAUACGAUCGAAUUGAUCCCGCAGAGGUCCAAGGCCUUCGUGAUGAAAUCGAGCGAUUAAAACAGGAAUUAACUCAAACCCGCGAAGAAUUAUCGCAACUCCAUCACUUCAAAGAGAAGUUCUACGCGAUCCAAGGUCAGGCUCGUAACAUACGGCAGAAAUCGACGGAGGAAAAGCUUGCACUCGAAGCUAAACUCACCACAGUCAAUGAGGAACUUGACAAAGUUAAAGAGGUUGUACGAAACCUGGAAAACGAUGCAAAAACUUCCCAAAAUCAGAAUAAGGUGGUUGUCGAACAAGCUGCUGUGCAAGCUCAAGAACAGUUACAGACCCUCCGCCAAGAAAAGGCCGCCGCGGAAUCUAGCUUGGCCGACGCGCUCACAUUCAAGAAUCGCGCUGCUGAGACACAGGCUUCGUUGGAUGCUCUCAAGAAGGAACUCGAUCAAGUCAAAGCUGCUUUUGAGGCUCGGGAAAGUGAAAUUACCAAGUUGCUUACGGAAAAUACUGGUGCUGCAAACACAAACAAGCAGCUAACUGAGCAGCUGACUAAACUUCGGGAAGAAGCGUCUCAAAACCCGCCGAACAUGACAUCUGAAGCAACGAUCGAAAUGGAAGUGUCGAAGCGCGUUCAAGCAAAGCUUGCUACCAUGUCAGCCACAGAGCCUGGGGAAAUAUCAGCCGGCGAAGAACAAGUUCAACAACAGAUAAACCAAGUCAAGCAGCAAGCUCUUUCUGAGAAAGCGGAAGCCGUCCAGAAGGCUGUUGAAGAGACUACCCAAAGACUUACGGCUGAGUUUGCCAAGUCACAAGCCGAGUCCGCCGAAAAACACAAAGCGGAGUUGGCAUCAUCGGGCUCUAAUCCGUCGACUGCUGUACCAGAAGAUCUUGUAGAAGCACGCGUAUCCUCUAAGGUGGCUGAAAUCAAGAAUGAAUUACAGGCGGCUGCAGCCGCGAGGGAGCAAGAGCUAGUCAGAAAACAUCAAGCUGAGCUUUCGGAAGCGCGUAAAGCCCCAACUCAGAAUCCAGACUUGAAGCAACCGACUCCGGAGCAGUUACAAGAAAUCACUAAAGUGGCGGUUGAGGUCGCAGUCAAGAAUAAGGAAGCCGAACUUCUCCAGUUGCACAAAUCAUCGGCAGAAGCGAUGGUCGAAACGACCAAAGCCAAGGUGAUGGCAGAGAUGAACUCUAAACACAACGUUGUGCAGAUGCAGCUAAAGCGAUCGCAUCUCAAGAAUGCGGAACUCACGGCCAAGAUCAACGAGCUAUCCGCACAGCUUAAUGGAACAUCAACAACUCCCCCAACCAGUGUAGUCCCAGCCACAGCUACUCCUGCCACACCGCUCGCUCCGACAGCGCCCACCUUCGUUCCCACGGGUACCCCGGACGCAUCUUCUUCCCAAUCGCCAGCCAAUACCGCCCAUUCUGCCCAGACCGCCCCCGCGACUAUCCAGUCCAACCAGACUGGCGUGACUCCAAAUUCGGCGGAUCUCGCAAACGGCGCGGGUCUUCCCACAAGGCCCCAAGGUCCAACUGCCCAGGUAAUACGAGGCGGAGCAGUUCGAGGUCGUGGAGGAUCAACUCGAGGAGCCUUGCCACCAGUGGGACUGAAUACAUCGGGGGCUGCAUCCCAAGCAGCAAGAGGAAUGGCACGAGGAACAACGAUCACUUUUGGAAGGGGGGCUCCUAGAGGAUACGGUCGAGGCCGCGCUGGCAUGGUUGGCCGGGGAGGAGCACCAGGCGGCGGAGGGGUUCCAGCAGCGGCCGGUACGGCCCCUGGCCCCAGUGGUCCAAUCACGGCUUCCAGCGCCACCAGCCCGCAGCUGCCGGCCGAGGGCCGAAUGGCGGAGAAGCCGGGGCUGACGGGCAGCGUCAGCAUUCGCGGGGCUGCAACGAUUAAGAAGGCAGGCGCCGGAAGUCUGCUCGGAAUGGCGGUGAAACAGGCGACGGGGACGGCCGCCGAGAACGCUUCUUCUGUUACACCCUCUCUCCCCUCGAUCGCCGGCCAAGCCGCUAAUAAACGUCCCCGCGAGGAAGACGCUCUCGGCUCUAGUAAUGGCAACCAAACUAGUAAUGAUCCCGCUCAGUUGAAAAGGGCUAAAGGAAUCAAUAAUCCUUCUAGUACCCAGGCAGAGGAAAGUAGCGGUAGUGUCAACAGUACCCCUGUGAAUGAACUCGCCGCUCGUCUUAGUAAAAGACCAUGAAAUCCUUUCAAUUCAAUUUGAUUUUCUUAUGGUCACUCAUAUUGUGUAUAGAAUCCUUACCCCUCUCUCACCCCCUCACUCAACGUUCCAUUUCUUAAUUCUCUUCCCCUUUUUUUCUCUAUACAUGUGUGUUUUCUUGACUUGGCUCUCUCUUAUAAUUUCUCUUUCUUUCUCAUUUGUAAUUUCUUUCUCAAGAAAUUCAUCAAAAUGUCUUUUUUUUCCUACAAAAAAAGAAACAAAUUAACACACCCUCCCCUCCUCCCCCGAAAAAAAGGAAGAAAAUCCGAUGAAGGCAAUGUGUAUCUUCGACCAUGUAGUUUAUGGAUCUUAAUCGCAAUAUAACGAUAUCAUCAUAUUUGAAUCAAAUCAAUGUUCA